UCUGCUAAAUUAAUCAAUCAAUUCAAUUAAUAAAGAAAUAAUAAACCACACUUCUUUUUCCUUAAUUAUAUUUGUGUAUUAAAAAUAAAAACAAAGCUUGACUUGGCUAGAAAAACUCCUCAGUCUGCGUUCAUUUUCAACAGUUUUAUUUGCAGGCUUCAGAUUUCCCCUCUUUGAUAGGUAGAUAUUGAUAAUUUUUAAAAGAAACUAAAUAAAAGCAUUUUUUUCACCUUAAAUAAAAAUACUGUUUUCCAUUUUUAUCUUUUCAAAAUGAUUUGAAAUUGCUGUCCACACUUGGUCAGUCCACUGUUUGUAAUGUAGGAAUGUCUGUGUGUACAAUGUGUGUAUGCACGUGUCUGUGUGUGUGUGUGUGUUGAGCUCUGUACUGCUGGUUGGAUAUCAAUGCUAGCUCAGGGAUUCCUGUGCACAUUAGUGGCUGCAUGAGUUGUGGAGUUGUGGUGUGUGUGUGUGUGUGUAUGUGUGUGUGUGUGUGUGUGCCGCUCGCCCUGCCCCUAUCUUCAUAACCCCUGCCCUAUUCUGUCCCUGUCUCUCUCUCCUGUUGUCCCAGCAUGGCUGCAGGAUGGCUGCUCUGUGGACUCUCUCUGUGUUGCUCUCCGCCUGCCUAUUGUGGCCUGUAUGUUUGGCCCUGACCCCCCCUGCUGAGCUCCCUCAACCCCACAACCUGCCCCCCUUGCUGGGCUUCAACAGUAGCGAUGGCAGCCCGUCAGUGGAUCUGCCCAUGGCCUUGAGGGUUUUCAGCGUGGACUAUCACCAUGUGCAGGCUCCCUUUGAGAUUGUGCUGUGGAUCAUGCUGGCCUCACUGGCCAAGCUGGGUUUCCACUGGUCGGGUCGAGUCCCAGCAGUUUUCCCAGAGAGCUGUCUCCUUAUCAUGGUGGGCCUUCUGGUUGGAGGGGUCAUCUACGGCGUUCGUCACUCUGCUCCCCCGACUCUCAGCGCUGAUGCUUUCUUCCUCUUUCUGCUCCCGCCUAUCGUCUUGGACGCAGGAUAUUUCCUGCCGGGGAAGCUGUUCUUUGAAAACCUGGGUACAAUCCUCUGGUACGCGGUGCUUGGCACCUUAUGGAACGUACUAGGCAUCGGCCUGUCCCUGUAUGGUGUGUGCCUGCUGGCCCAGAGCUCUCUUGGAGAUGUAUCUCUACUCCACUGCUUGCUCUUUGGCUCUCUGAUCGCUGCUGUCGAUCCCGUGGCCGUGCUUUCCGUCUUCCAGGAGAUGCAUGUCAACGAGCAGCUUCAUAUCUUGGUGUUUGGAGAGUCGCUGCUCAACGAUGCCGUUACCGUGGUCCUCUACAAGCUGUUUGAGUCCUUCCUCCGUCUUCCGUCAGUGUCAGGGCUGGAUGUGCUGCUGGGGGGCUGCAGGGUGGUGGUGGUGGGCCUCGGAGGCCUGUUUGUGGGCCUCUUCUUUGGCCUGUUGGCGGCACUCACCUCACGUUUUACCUCCAGAGCUCAGGUCAUUGCCCCGCUCUUUGUCUUCCUCUACUCCUACUUGUCCUACCUGACCUCAGAGAUGCUUCACCUCUCUGGUAUCAUGGCCAUUGUGACCUGUGCCGUGACCAUGAAGCAGUAUGUGGAGGCUAACGUCUCUGAGCGCAGCAACACCAGCAUCCAGUACUUCCUGAAGAUGUGGAGCAGCGUGAGCGAAACCCUCAUCUUCAUCUUCUUGGGUGUCUCCACAAUACAGGAUGUUCAUAUGUGGAGCUGGCCCUUCGUCUGCUCCACGCUGCUGCUCUGCCUCGCCUGGAGGGCCACAGGUGUUCUCUUGCUGACCGCUGUGGUGAAUAAGCUCAGGAGGAACACCGUGACCUUUCGAGACCAGUUCAUCAUCGCCUACGGAGGCCUGAGAGGGGCCAUCUGCUUCUCCCUCGUGUUCCUGAUUGAUGACUUCCCGAAGAAAAGACUCUUCAUCACAACUACCAUUGUAGUCAUCCUCUUCACUGUUUUUGUACAGGGGAUGACCAUUAAGCCUCUGGUGGAGCUGCUGGAUGUGAAGAGGAAGAAGAGAGCUCUGCCUACUGUCAGUGAAGAGAUCCACAGCAGGCUCAUUGAUCACCUGCUGGCAGGAAUUGAAGAUGUGGUUGGUUACUGGGGGCAGCACUACUGGAAAGACAGGUUUGAGCAGUUCAACAGGAAGUACCUUCGUCGUUUCCUGAUCCGUGAGGAUCACCAGGCUCCUUCCAGCAUCCUCAGAGUUUAUCAGGAGCUGGAGAGGAGGGAGCAGAGGAGAGAUGAGGAGGCGCCACCAAUAGAGGACCCUCGCUCUCACAGCCGUCCACUCUUACCAGAGGAGAUGGACAGCAUCAGACGAAUUCUCUCCAGGAACCUUCAAAACUUCAACAAAAAGCAGACACCAGCUUACAGCAGACACACUUUGCACCAGGACACCACCAUGGACAAAACAAGGAAGCCUCUUUACAGACACCACAGUCUGGGAGAGAGAUACAAGUAUAAUACAAUCACGCACUGGCCACAGGGUGAAGAUGGGGAGUUCAAUGGCUCACACAGAGUGAGAGCAGGACUCUGCAGGUCUCACACAGUGUGCGCCGUAGGUCCGAGACCCGUCCUCCAAGACUCGUCAGCGCCAGCAGCCUCAGCUCAGAGAGGGCCAGCGGAUCCAAAGUCUGCAGCUACCAAAGAGGACCAGGUCUUUCCACAAAACCAAGCGCCUGUAGGGGGAGAAGCUCCAAAGAAACAACUCAGCUUUGUUUUGGAGAACGAGAAGCAGCCCUGAAACUGACAGAAAGAGAAGAAAAAGAAUGUAAACAGUGAAUUCAGUGUGUCCAGUUAUU